UACAGAUACAGAUAAAAAUGAAUUUCUGACGUAUGGUCCAAUCCAUAAGCGAUGGCGGGCCAGAUCAUUGUGGACGAGUUUUUAUGUUUCGUACAAAACAAAAUAGAUUUUUUAGAUGAGCUUAGUAUCAUACAAAUCUGUGCUACUAACUAUACCGAUGUGGAAGUAGAAACUGGCAAAAGUACCCUAUACAGUGUAUGCACCCACGACUUGAGAAACAUUCAUCGUAAAGGUGACGACAAGAAGAAGAAAUGCAUCAAAGACGUAAUCAAGCUGUUGAAGGAAGUGGAUCCGAACAGUUUACCGAAUUUUGUGGCACGGGAUCUGAGUCGGCUUCCUCCGGUAUCCUUUGAUCACGUAGACGUCACUCGAUUACUAAAGGAUAUGGCACUUAUGAAAACCGAGCUCAUGGAGCUUAAGGCGCAGUUUAUUACCGAGCUCAAGGAAAUCCGCAUGUCAUGUCAAGAGCGCACAGAAAAUAAUAAAAGUAUUCCCCGGACAUCGGACUUACUGGAGAGAACAAAUUCCACCUCACCACCCAAAAACACGCCGCUGCCGCUUGUGAAUACACCACGCCCUACACUUGGACAUGACGAAGUUGCAUUAAGUUUGCAUACACCGACAUAUCGGGAUAUUGUACACAUUAGGAAUAGCUCGCAUCAAACGAAAGGCGCCCGUAUGCCAAGUACCAAUUCGGGUGAUGUUCGCAUGACUGCGAAUCGCUCGGUUGCACGCGACUUACCGCCUGAAUCUGUAGGUAUAUCGAAGAAUUAUAUUGACGAUGAGUUUAUAAUGGUUGAGAACAAAAAACGAAAACGAAAACUGACGAAUAUGAGAGGGACUUAUUCAGAUCAAUGUAAAAUACAAGUUGCUGACCCGGAAUGCUCCAUUUAUAUCUCUCGCGCCUUGAAAACUGUAACAGAGGCCAACAUUGAGGAACAUAUCCGCGACAUGGGCCAGAAGUGCCUCAGUGUUGAGCGUCUGGCACAGCAUAGAGAAACUUCGUUUAACUCCUUCAAGGUUAGGAUACACGCAAGUAAUUUGAAUACAUUUUUAGAUGCCAAUUUUUGGCCUAAAGGUUUGGUAUACCGGCGGUACAAGGAACGGCAAUUUCGAGACGUUUUAAAAUAACACAAUAUGGGAAGUACGACCACAACAAAUAUUACAUUAGCUACUUUUAACUGCCGUUCUAUUAAAAGAUCUGCCGAACAGAUUAAGAAAUUGUGUUUGAAUGUUGACAUUUUAGCCUUGCAGGAGACUUGGCUCCUCCCCCAUGACUUGGGAUUUGUGAACGAGCUCAGUCAGCAGUUCAGUUGUUUCGCAAAGUCUGCGGUGGAUACCUCGGCAGGAAUACUAAAAGGCCGACCAUACGGGGGACUCGCGUUGAUGUGGCGUA